GAUUUAGUCUCAUACGCAGAAACACAUUGACGUAAAAAUACGUAGACGCAGAAAGUUCACUCAAUUGCACUAGAAUGCUUGCGUUUAUACUCCUGCGCAAUAUUACAUGCUGUAUUUAUAACGUAGAUUUCACUAACGUAAAAGUAUGUAGAAUUUAAACUUUGGACGUGGAAAAUCGUUGUCGGUCAUUGUGUUGUUAUCGUGUGUAAACAUAACCUAUCAAAGUAUCAAAUAUGUUGGACGAGCAUAGAUUAAUACAGUUAAUUGAAGAUCGACGUGAAGUGUGGGACACGAAUUCGGUGCAAUUUCGAAAUAAAAUAGUUAAAUCAACUGCAUGGAACGAAAUCGCCAAAGAAAUAGGAGCUACAAUUGAAGAUUGCCAGAACACCUGGAAGCGAUUGCGUGAUAGAUAUACCCGCAAUAAGCGACUGGCACCUUCAGGUGCAGAAGGCGGUCGGAAGAAAUGGGAUAAGGAAGACUUAUUACGUUUUUUGGAUAAAAUUUUGGUUACCAGAAGAACUACUAGUAGUGCUACAGAACGUAGUGGCAACAACAAAAACAUUCAAGAUAGUAAAGGUACUGAAGAAGAGAUCGAUAUGGAGGAUUUAUUAUCCCAAGCAAAUGUCGAAGUGGUCACAAGUAACAGCGAACUUUUUUUAGUAGAUGACCAGAAUGAAGUGGAGAAUGAAGACCCUAAUCCACAAACUCCUGUUCUCGAUGAAAUAGAAUUGUUAACUGAAGAUGAAUUCAUACAACCCCAGAUCACUCCGUCAUCAUCAAAAGGAAAAAAGAGAAAGAGAAUGCAGCAGCAAAACAAGAACGAGUUGAGCGAUACUAUUAUGAAUGCAAUAAACAAAUUGAGUAAUGAAGCAGCACCAACAGUGACACCUGCGGCAGAGACAGAUCUUAAUGAUACAUUUAUUCAGUACAUUUGUCAGCAAGCGAAAGGGCUAUUAUCAAAUCAAAAUGAAAAGUGUCAAAGAUUAAUUAGAUUAAAAAUCAAUAACUUUUUUUAUGAAUUGUCUGAAGAAUAUCAGGCAUAAAAGUGUACGAACAUAAUUCUACUCUACAUACAAAUGUAAUUUAAUGAUUAUUAUUAAAACAUUUCAUUACUAUUAGGUAUACAUAUACAUAUGUACAAAAUAUUGUUUUUCAUUAAAUUUCUAACAAUGUAUCCUAUA